AUGGCCUUUUCCACCGGCAUCGGUGACCGCGGCGGUCUCCGCUCCCCUCGCGAGGAGCAGCAGUCGUUUGCUGCCCUUGGCCUCACCUCUCCCCUGCGCAGCACCUUUGGCUCCCAGGCUGCCAGCUCAAGUGCCGGCGACGUGCGUGGCCAGCUGCACCGCCGCUUCACCACGAACAACAUCCCCACUCUCAAUACCCCGCUGUCGCCCAUCGGCCAGCAGCGCAGACAGGCCGCCGAGCCAGCCGAGUUCACUACUGCGACCUAUCACAAGCUCCAAGUGCUCGAGAAAAAGAAGCUUGAGUACGAAUACUUGAAGGAGCAGCGUAGACGUUUUGAGGCUGAGAUGGAGCUCAUUGAUUUGCAGUCUCGACGCGGCGAAGAGGAGAUUCACCGUCUUUCUUCCGAAGUACGUUACGGCAAGCCAGCACACAGCCAGCCUACUACUCCACCUGAGCACAACGACAACGGCUUUCCCAACGCCUUUUCACGCCCAAACCGAUUCAGCAUGUCGAGCAUUCAGCCUUCCAAGAUCACGCCGCGUGGCAGCCGCGCCAACUCUCAGGUCACCUCACCUCCAACCUCGUUCUUCAACAACAACGGGUUGCCAUCCCAGUCUGUGCCGGGCACUCGACGCAACUCAGACGAGGACCAUGACGACUUCGACAACGAUGACUUCACUCCUCUGAGCCCAGUCUCUCGCAAGAACAACCGCAUGUCCAUGCCCGUGACUAGCCUUGACCUUCGUGGACGUGACAACCUCCCAGAUCUGGCAUCCGUACUUGGCCACAUCGACACCACCGGCUAUCUGUUUGGCGAGGAGGAUAAGGAGCACAACCCGGCCGCCUCUCCCGAUCACAAGGCCUACCUCCAGAUGAGCAACACAAACGACAAGUUCCCCAUCCUUGUCCGUCGUGGUGACGCAAGCAAUGGCUCGCAGGCUGAAGAAUACGAGAAUGGCCACGCCAAUGGCCAGACGACACCCAAGCAGAAUCGUCAAUCCGUUGAGUUCAACUUCACCAGCCCCCUGAGGUCUGACAACCAGCGCUCCAGCUAUGCAAGCCCCCACAACAGCAUGCCCAAAUUGACUCAGUCGUUCUCUCCGAGCAAUGUUCCUACAAUGAAGAACGGAAACGGAGUCAACGGUAGCGGCAACGGCAUGAACGGGAACGUCAACACACACGCAGAGCAGCAUUUCAACCAACAUAAUGCCAACCUUGGCCGCAUUCCUCCUCAUGCUGUGUCUCAUCGCCACAGCCGUGAGUUGUCCACCGGUUUCAAGGAGCAGGAGUAUCGUCCUGUCUCAUCCGGUCUGCAUGCGAGCGCUGCUCCCUUCGGCCCUGCCAUCACCUCCGCAGCACCAGGCAGCGGUUCCAUCAGUAGUACAGUUGGCUCGCCGGCCAUGUCGCAGUACUCUGGCACCACUCCUGGCAACGCUCCUUACUACCCAUAUGGCAUGAACAUGCUCAACGGUGCUAUGAACGGCAUGUCCCUUGGCCCUCAGUACGGUGGACCUUCCCCUUACGGUCCUAACGGUUUGUACCCUGGUAAUGGCCAAUACUUCAACCCUUACGCCACCUACGGACCCAAUGGCCGUGUCCAGGAUAGCCAAGCUCGUGUCAUUCAGAGCCGUCGUAUGCAAAACGACGCCAACCGCUUCAUGAACUACGACUUGAAGACCAUGCCGCGCCACGAGAUUUAUAGCUUGUGCAAGGACCAGCACGGCUGCCGAUUUUUGCAAAAGAAGCUUGAGGAGCGCAACACAGAGCAUCUUCAGAUCAUCUUCGACGAGACCGCUCCUCAUGUUGUCGAGCUCAUGACUGAUCCCUUUGGCAACUACUUGUGCCAGAAGCUUCUGGAGUUCACCAACGACGAGCAACGUACCACUCUCGUCCGCAACGCCGCUCCAGCUAUGGUUACGAUCGCGCUGAACCAGCACGGCACUCGAGCCUUGCAGAAGAUGAUCGAGUUCAUUUCUACCGAGGAACAGACUCAGAUCAUCAUCCAGGCUUUGUCUGGCCAAGUCGUCGAUCUCAUCCAGGAUCUGAACGGUAACCAUGUCAUCCAGAAGUGCCUCAACCAUCUCAAGUCUGCCGAGGCCCAGUUUAUCUUCGAUGCUGUAGGCGAGCACUGCAUUACUGUCGGUACCCACCGCCAUGGAUGCUGUGUUCUUCAGCGUUGCAUCGACCACGCCUCUGGUUUCCAGAAGGUCGACCUUGUUCGCCAAAUCACCGCACACAGUUUCCACCUCGUGCAAGAUCCCUUUGGAAACUACGUCGUUCAGUACAUCCUUGAUCUGAACGACCCCAACUUCACAACACCCAUGUGCCUUGGAUUCAAGGGCAAGAUCGCCGAGCUUUCCAUGCAAAAGUUCAGCUCCAACGUCAUCGAGAAGUGCAUCCGCUGUGCUGAGAUGUCAACCAAGGCUGCUAUGAUCGAGGAGCUGCUCGAUGUCGAACAGCUUGAGAGGCUCAUGCGCGAUUCUUACGGUAACUACGUCAUUCAGACUGCCCUCGAGUUUGCUCCGCCCGAGCUGUGCCUGCAUCUCAUGGAAGCCAUGCGCCCCAUCCUGCCCCAGAUUCGCCAGACACCAUACGGUCGCCGCAUCCAGACCAAGGUCCAGGAGCGUGAGGGUCGUCUAGCUGCGUUCACCGGUCGCGCUCCUUCUGGCCAUGUCUCCCCGAGCGCAGCUCCUGGGGCUCAAGCUUCUGAAGCAGGUUCCUCUUUCCAGCCUCCAAUGUACACCGCUUCCGCAAACUACGGCGCAAACAUCGCAUCGCCUCAGCCGCACCGUCAGCCGCAUCGCUUGAGCAACCCACCUAUGCCCCACCACUUCAACAACUCUCUACACAACCCGGCCUACCAGCAGUACGGCGUUGCUCAGCCCGCCGGAGUGAGCAAUUUCUUUUAG